CACUGUUAGGCGGCACUGAUAGGCAGCACUGAUGCACACUGAUAGGCAGCACUGACUGGCAUUGAUAGGCGGCACUGACUGGCAGUGAUAGGUGGCACUGAUUGGCAGCACUGACUGGCAUUGAUAGGUGGCACUGACUGGCACUGAUGGGUGACACUGAAAGGCAGCUCAGAUGGGCACUGAUAUGUGGCACUGAAAUGUGGCACUGAUGGGCACUGGCAGGUGGCAUGGAUGAGCACAGAGCUGGCACUGAUGGACACUGACAGGUGGCACUGCUGGGGCUACACAGAUCAUCAGGGCACACUGAUCAUCAGUGCUCUGAUGAUCUGUAACGAGAGAACCGCCUUGUGUCCAUCAUAUUACUAUAUGGCGGGCAGAAGGCGGUUAAAAACUUUUAUUGCACAAUAAACAUAAGAAAUGCACU